AUGAUAGAAGUUGAUGAAUUUUUAAACAUUUCUGAUGAAAAUAUUAUCUAUGAGGUUCCUGAUGAUAAAGUUAUAGAAGAACUUGUUAAUACAUUUAGUUCUGAAGAUACAAAUGAAUCAAGUGAGAUGGAUAAUUCUGAUAAAUUAGAUAAUAGUAUUGAACUACCAAUUAUUAGUGCUGCUGCUGCAUUAGAGAAUUUAAAGA